AUGUCUGUGCGUCGUACAAUAGAGAAUAACGAGGAAGCCAGAAUCAGAUCGGGCAAAACAUACCAAUCAUUUGUGGCAGCAGACGGGGGUCACCGUGAGUUAAAUUUUAUUGAAAAAGACAUGAGAAAUUACAUCACGAGAGAAGUGCAAAAUGUUUCGGAACUAGAGGAUGCAAAAGAAUUCGAGAAAUACUUAUUAAAAAUGAAAGAGAAAAAUCAGAAUUUCUUUUUCGAACUUGAAAUCGAGGACGAUCAGUCGAUUAAGAUUGCCUUUUGGGCGAACACAAGGAGCAGGGCCGCUUGCGAGUAUUUCAGAAAUGUUAUUUCAUUCGAUACCACCUACAAUACAAACAAGUAUAAUCUAGUUUUUGGUUCUUUUGUUGGAGUGAAUCACCACAGUCAGUCAACACUUCUGGGAUGCGCUUUGAUGAAAAAUGAAGAUAUUCAAUUAUUCAAAUGGUUAUUUGAAUGUUGGCUUCAUUGCAUGGAAAGAAAUGCUCUGAAAGGUAUUCUCAUCGAUCAAUGCGCAUCGAUGCAAAGGGCUAUCGAGGGAAGUCUAAGCACAAUUCAGAGGAAAGGUGAAUUGCAUCACAAGAUCAACGAACUCCGCUCUAGGCUAUUUGGUAACGAAGUUGUAAAACCAGUUUCCAACUCAACAUUCAACAAGUUUGUGGUUACAUACGGCUCGGUAGCAGCCCAAGUGAAAUGCCAGUGCUUAUUAUUCGAGUCAAGAGGGAUAUUGUGUCGUCACACCCUAAGCGUGUUAAGCUUUGAACGAGUAAACAAAGCAUCACCGAGAUACAUAUUGGAACGAUGGAGUAAGAACGUAAAGAGGAGACACACACACAUCAAGAGCAGUCACGACGAGCCACUGUUGGAGCCAAGAAGCAAGAGGUUUGACGAAUUGGUGUUUUGUUCGCAAAAUAUAUGUGAAUUUGCAUCAGAAUUUGAGGAGCUCACUGCCAUUCUGCACCUCGCCUAUGAUAACGUCAUGGUUGAGAUGUAA